AUGAAGACUAUGUUACUACCACUCUCCUUCCUUCUCCUGGCUUCCACAUUGACACUGCUCCCUGAAGCAGUUCAUGCUUCAAAGAAUGAUCCAGUUCUUGACAUGAAAGGAUCGGGGGUUCUCCCUGGUAUUCCAUAUUACCUGAUAUCAGGUCAAUGGCCCCUUGGUGGUGGUGUUGUCAGCCUAGGCAAAGGUGCAAACGAAACCUGCCCAGUUGAUGUUGUUCUACUGGAAAACCUUUGUGCUAAAGGUACGCCAGUAAAAUUUACGGUUGCAAGUGGGGAAGGAUUUCGUAUCACUGAUUCAACUGAUUUAUACGUCAGUUUUGAUACCACCUCAAACUGUACUAAAGAAUCAAUGGUGUGGAAGCAUGAGAGUAUCAACUGUACAUCAACUGAGUUUCUGACAAUUGGCGGAGUUGAAGGUGAGGUCAAUACCAUAUUCCGGAUUGUCAAUGUCGGCGGCCUGUUUGGUCCCAGCUACAAGCUUGUGGCUUACAAGUUAUCUUCUUAUGGUCUUCUUCUUUCCACUAGUAAUGUUGGCGUUGUGUUCAACGUCACAACAGGAAUGAGACGUUUGGCUUUGACUAAAAAACCAUUAACUUUUUCAUUUGAAGUGGCUCUGCAUUAUGAUGCAGGUUUAAAAGAAGUGGUGUGA